UGACUUUGAUGGCACUCUUUAUAAAUUAGCAAUAUCCCAGUAGGUCUGGCUUCUCAAGAACACACUACCAGAUUAACUUGCUGACUACUUGGAAGAGACAAUGGAAAGAGCUUGGGUCUUGCUGCUAUUCACCUGUAUUUUGGCAGAGUCCUUUGCCAGUCCAAGGGGACUCAUCUUCAAUCUGGACAAUGGAGAGCUAUGUAUGCAAAGCCUCCAGUGCAAAAGCGGAUGCUGUCAUAGAACAAGUGGGUUAAGUUUGGCACGUUGUUCCGACAAAGCAGCUGAGAAUCAGGAAUGUUCCCGGAAGCAUAUUUAUGGAAUAUACUACAGGUGUCCCUGUGAGAGUGGCUUAACUUGUGAUGCAGACUGGACAAUUGUGGGAGGUAUCACCAACUCUGACUUUGGCAUCUGCAAGGACCCAGCAAAAAGAAAGUGAAGACACACAUUAAAGAUGUUUAUGCUCA